UGUGGGUAGGUCAGGCGCCAUGUGCUUUUGAGGCAGAGGGGCUGGAAGGAGACCUGGUUGCGACAAACUUAGCUCGUUUUUAAAGAGACACCGGGACAAACGGCUCCAGUUUACGUUGAGCAUGUACUGCACCAGACGCUGCCUCCGGACCGCGCUGCGGGUUGCGGCGACCACACACCGGCAACAGCUUCAGCGGCAGACACCAGCCCUGUGUGCCCUCAGACUUCUGAAGACCAGUCCAGCCAUCCAGUCAGAUGCCAUUGCCACCCCUCCAUUAGAUGGAGUACCCAAACAGUAUUCCCCCAAAAUCCAGCAGCUGGUCAAUGACAUAGCCAGCCUCACUUUGUUAGAGGUGUCAGACCUGAAUGAGCUCCUCAAGAAAACUCUGAACAUUCAGGAUGUUGGAAUGAUGCCAAUGGGGGCAAUGGCUGCAUCAGCUGUACCUGCAGCUCAGGCCACAGAAGAGGAGGAUGUACCAGUCAAGAAAGAGAAGACUCACUUCACAGUAAAACUAACAGAAUUGAAGGCAGCAGAAAAAGUCAAACUUAUAAAGGAAGUGAAGAACUGCAUCCAAGGCUUGAAUCUGGUGCAGGCUAAGAAACUAGUGGAGUCGCUUCCCCAGGAAAUCCGGGCUAAUGUAUCCAAAGAGGAGGCAGAGAAACUGAAAGCGGCUCUGGAGGCAGCAGGCGGCACCGUGGUGUUAGAGUAGAUCUCUCCUGCACACCUGUUCUCCACCAUUUUGCUGCUCAUGCACUUCGUCCUUCAUUCUGUUAUUUCAUUUUUUUUACAUGAUAAAGAAGAGAGGAUACUGGGAGAAAAGGAAAGAAAUGCCUUCUGACAUUAAUACUGUCUCUUAACAGCGUCAGGUGGGCGGUACAACUCUGACUGAACUUUCCAGGCACACAGCCUCCACAAACGGCCGCCCAGCUGUUUGCUUGUCCAUGUGUCUGUCUGAUACUUGCGUAGCAAACAAGCUACAGAAAUACUGGCCUGUGUGCCAAGUAACUCAGUUGAUCAUUCUGUGUGCGUGUGUUUAACUUUUCACAGAAGGAAAGAUUAUGCUGUAGGGACAUGGUCACCAUUCCCUAUGUUGAUGAACACCAGAUACUGUAUCUAGUUGAGGGGAUGGCAGGGCUAAGUCCUUACAUUGCUCAUAGCAUUGUUAAUAAUGUGAUUAAAGUUGAGAUCUCCAUA